AUGGGCCAGUCCUGCGUCUUGCUGGCCCUGGUCGCGGCCCUGCUGUACUGCCUCCGCGAUUCCGAGCCCGGCUUGACAUCGCCGUUGGAAACUUGUGCCUGGAACCACCUGGAGCCGCAUCUCCCUCUGUUAUCCGUUGCGCCGAUUCAGCGAUCCGAGUUUCUUGCGCGCCAAACGGCUCUGGCGCGCGAACUGGACGCCGCUGGGGUCGAUGCCUUUAUUGCCGAGCCGUCUGCGUCGACGUCGUAUUAUGCAAACAUUUCUUCCGGCUUUCACCUCUCCGAGCGGCCUUUUCUGAUGGUGAUUGACAAAAGGGGCCGGUUUACGACGCUGGUGCCCAAGUUUGAGGCGGGCCGUAUUGCAAAGCUCGACAUGGUGUUUGACAACAAGACGACAAUCGCCUGGGUGGAGGAAGAGUCGCCGUAUGAAGCGCUCGCGAGAGGCACGGGCUACGAGAAAGUCAUGAUUGACGAGCAUGCGCGCUUCAUGAUUGCCGCUGGGCUGCAAGAGGCGGGGAUUGAAGUCGUGCCCAUGUCGGAGACGGUCCAGACGCUGCGAUCCGUCAAGUCGGAGGACGAAAUCGCUCUGCUAAAGGGCAUCAACUCGUUUACGCUCGCGCUGGUGCAGUCGCUGCAAAAGUGCAUCCGGAUUGGCAUGACGCAGGAACAGGUCGUUGACGCUUCUCAGGCGUUGUUCACGCGUGCUGGAGUCGGUCAUGGAUUCUGGGUGCUGGUGCUGUUUGGCGACCAGGCGGCGCUGCCACAUGGCGGUGAGACUGGGCGGACGCUGCAGGAGGGUGAGUUUGUGCUUAUCGACAUUGGCUCGGAGCUUUAUGGCUACUGCAGCGACGUGACGCGCACAAUCCUGCCGACGGGAGCGACUGUGAGUGACGACCUCAUGGCCGUUUGGAAAACCGUGCUGGAGGCGCAGUCUGCUGGGCUGUCGCGUAUGAAUGUGGAUGAGGCGUGUUCGGCAGUCGACGGUGCCUCUCGGGAUGUCAUACAACAGGCCGGCUAUGGAAAGUUCUACACCCAUCGAUUGGGACACGGGCUUGGAUUGGAAGGACACGAGCCGCCGUAUCUGAAUGGUGCGAAUGAUCAAAAGUUGAAGUUGGGAGAGGUGGCCACGAAUGAGCCGGGUAUUUAUGUCACUACUGAAGAGGCGGCCCUACUCGGAAAGAAGACGGGCUUUGGUGUAAGACUGGAGGAUCCCAUCUUGGUUACUAAAGACGGCGGAGUGCUGCUGACUGGAAACCGGGCACAAUCUCCUUGGAGCCCUUGA